AUGCUUGCGGAUGCUGGUUGGACGUUGGGAGGGCAUGGUUCUUUACAGGCCAAGGCAGCCCAGGCGGCGCACAAACAGGCUCGUCGUGAUGCGCCGGCGGUCGGGCCUCCCGAGUACCUCUCGAGAGUCACCAUCACGUCUUCAGCUGACUUUGAGUUCCCGGCGGAGAUCAGCGAGGGUCAUGCAGGCAUUCUGUCCGGCGUGCCGGUGGGGUCCAAACUUCUUCAGGUGCAGAAAGCGCAGAAAGGGGGUGAGUGGUGCAAAGAGGCAACAUUUGGCAUUUACCGAACACCUGAUGCAUUUGUGGCCGAGGCGAUGAAAGCCAAGCACCCUUUCGACAACCCGAGCACGAGCAAGCAUCGAGCAAAAGUGCUGGAACACUACGAAAGAAGAGCGAUGGAGCUUGAAGAGGCUGAGAAGAAGCUUAAGGCCGACAUGGCCCCGGAGGUGCACAGGGUCAUGGAGAACAAGCGGAUCUUGUUGUUCAAAGAAGUACUUCAGGAUGCUGGGAUCAAGGAUGAGAAUCUUGUGAAUGACCUCGUGGGUGGCUUUCGGAUUACGGGAGAACUACAACCUUCGGGGCUUUUUCAGCGGAGGCUCAAACCGGCGGCCUUGUCCCAUGACGACCUCAAAACGACGGCGAAGUGGGCCAAGCACACUGUGGCAUCUUCCUGCAGAGCGGCGGCAAAAGAUCCCGAAGUGGCAACUGCGGUCUGGGACGAAGCACUGGAGCAGGUGAACAAAGGAUGGCUGCGGGGACCUUACAGCUGGUCUGAGAUUGAUGCUAAGUAUAAAGGAACUUGGACAGGCUCCAAGCGCUUUGGCAUCCUGCAGGGCGACAAGAUCAGGGCCAUUGACGAUCUGUCAGAGUUCUUGGUUAAUUCAGCGGUCACCGAGACUGAGAAGAUUAGCCUCGAAGGCAUUGACCAGAUCGUCGCCACGGCUCGGUUCUUCAGUGGUGCUGUGUCCGGGGAUGGCGAUAACUUUGAGCUGCCGAAGGAGGAUGGAGGAACCUUCAACGGCAAGGUGCAUCGCGACUUCGCGCGUGCAAGGGAUCGCAAGCUGGUUGGGCGGGCACUUGAUUUGCGUUCAGCUUAUAA